CAAGCCCAGCACUGCAGCCGCCGUGGGGUGGAUGUGGUCCUGGGCACCCUGCUCUGGGUGGCAGCAGGGGUUGGAGCAGAGGGACCCAGAGGUCCCUGCCAGCCUCGAGCACUUGGCACUGUGGUUUGUGGGGUGCUGCUGGUGCUGUGGUUCUGUGCGGCUCGUGUGGGGCAGGAGCUGGAGCCCCCAGAGCAGAGAGGAGGAGCUGAGGCCAGUGCUGGGUGCUGUGUGGCUGCAGUAAUGCUGCCAAAGGGCUGCAGAUGAUGUUGGCAGUGGGGUUGGCACCGUGUCCCGUCCCCCCGUCCCGUCCUCCCCCUCGCCUUGCAGUUGUCCCGCUGCACUUUCCAAUUGCGCGUCACUUUUGGGAGAGGUGAGGAGGUGCUGGCUGGGGUCCCUCGCCACCUCCCCAUGCCCAAUUUGGGGCUAGAGCAAGCCCGAGGCCACCUCAACAUCUGGCACAUCCUGCUGCGCUGCUGGGGACAUGCCGGGUGGCCACGUACCCAGCUCGGGGCAUGGUCGGCUGGCUGUGGAGCACGGAGGGGGGGUCCGCCGGGCGAUGCAGACGCCGCCACCCCCUUGAUUGGCGCUGCCGGGGACGAAUGCCACAGCUGAGACGUUGGAGGCUACCUGAAGGACCCUGCAUGUCCUCAGGUUUCACUCAUGACCAUCUGACAGCAGCAGCAGCUGCUCUGCCAACAGGCACUCACGGAGCCAAAGCCUCCAGGAGUCGAAGGAGAAGGAAAAUCUGGCCCCGAAAGGUCUCUCCUUGGGAUUUUGCUCUUUUCACCCAACGUUCUGGAGCUGCUGGCUGAAAUAAAGCCACCUGCAGAAGCCCACUGAGGUCUUGCCACCAUCCAGCUUCAGUAGCCAAGUCUCUAAAUGCCCUCCACAUAGCACCACCCAGCAUCGACCCCUCAGCCCACCCUCUCCCCAGCAGGCCGAGCGCAGGUGUCCUGCGAGCAGAAUGAGAGCAUGGCCGGCCUGCCGCACAUCCCGGGCCCCGAGAACCUCCGCCCCUUCACCCCCGAGUCGCUGGCUGCCAUCGAGCAGCGCAUCGCCGAGGCAGAGGCGCUCAAGAUAAAGCGGCAGCAGGUGGAGCUGCCCGAGGAAGAGGAGCUCAAGCCCAGCAGUGACCUGGAAGCUGGCAAGAACCUGCCCCUCAUCUAUGGUGACCCCCCCGUGGAGCUCAUCGGGACACCCCUGGAGGACCUGGACCCUUUCUACAAGGAUAAGAAGACUUUCAUAGUCCUCAACAAAGGGAAGUCCAUCUUCCGCUUCUCAGCGACUCCUGCCCUCUACCUGCUGGGUCCUUUCCACCCCAUCCGGAGAGGAGCCAUCAAAGUGCUCAUCCAUUCAUUAUUCAGCAUGUUCAUCAUGAUCACAAUUUUAACCAACUGCGUGUUUAUGACAUUGAGCAACCCACCGGCGUGGUCCAAGAAUGUGGAAUACACCUUCACUGGAAUUUACACCUUUGAGUCCCUCAUCAAGAUACUGUCGAGAGGCUUCUGCAUUGAUGACUUUACAUUCCUGCGUGACCCAUGGAAUUGGCUGGACUUCAUGGUCAUCUCCAUGGCCUACAUCACUGAGUUCGUGGACCUGGGGAACAUAUCUGCUCUCAGGACCUUCCGCGUCCUCCGUGCCUUGAAAACCAUCACAGUGAUACCAGGGCUGAAGACGAUCGUUGGGGCGCUCAUCCAGUCAGUGAAGAAGCUCUCGGAUGUCAUGAUCCUCACUGUCUUCUGCCUGAGUGUCUUUGCCCUCAUUGGCCUCCAGCUCUUCAUGGGAAACCUCCGGCACAAGUGUGUGCGGUGGCCCCCCCUCAAUGACACCUUGCUGGGGGACUUCGGGCUGGACAACGACACAUUGGCCAAUGCAACGCUCUACAGCAACUUCACCGACAGUAUUGACAGCAACUUCACCAGCAACAGCACCUUUGAUUUUGAGGCCUACAUCAACGAUGAAGCAAAUUUCUACUUUCUGGAGGGAGCGCUCGAUGCCCUGCUCUGCGGGAACAGCAGCGAUGCUGGGAAGUGCCCUGAGGGAUACGAGUGCAUGAAGGCAGGGAGGAACCCCAACUACGGCUACACCAGCUACGACACCUUCAGCUGGGCUUUCCUGGCGCUGUUCCGCCUCAUGACGCAGGACUUCUGGGAGAACCUCUUCCAGCUGACCCUGCGUGCAGCAGGGAAAACAUACAUGAUCUUCUUCGUGGUGGUUAUAUUUCUGGGUUCCUUCUACCUGAUCAACCUCAUCCUGGCGGUGGUGGCCAUGGCCUAUGCGGAACAAAACGACGCCACAAUGCUGGAGGCGCAGCAGAAGGAGGAGGAAUUUCAGCAGCUCAUGGAACAGCUGAAGAAGCACCAGGAGGAGCAAGAGAAGCAGUUGCAGGACAGGCGGUCCAGCAGCGGCUCCCUGCGCAGCAGCACGGCCGAGAAGAAGAGCGACUCGGACCUGAACAGUGACCAGGACAAGGCGAAGGACUGCAAUGGGCGAGUGGUCCCCAAGGUGGUGCUGGAGCGGUCUGCCACGGUGAUUGAAUUCAACCCAGGCAAUGAGACGGAGAAAUCAGACUCCAACCACCUCACUGUGGGCAACCAAGAUGGGCCAGGCCUUGAGAAGAGAGUGGGGAGUGCCAUCAGUGUCAUCUCCAACGCCGUGGAAGAGCUGGAGGAGGCUCACCAGAAGUGCCCACCUUGGUGGUACAAAUUUGCUCACAUGUUCCUGGUCUGGGACUGCUGCCUUCCAUGGCUGAAGCUGAAGGAGUUUGUCAAGCUGGUGGUGAUGGACCCCUUUGUGGACCUGGGCAUCACCAUCUGCAUCGUGCUCAACACGCUCUUCAUGGCCAUGGAGCACUACCCCAUGACGGAGGAGUUUGAGAACGUGCUGACUGUGGGGAACCUGGUCUUUACGGGAAUCUUCACAGCAGAGAUGGUCCUGAAGCUCAUUGCGUUGGACCCCUAUGAGUAUUUCCAGCAGGGCUGGAACAUAUUUGACAGCAUCAUCGUCACCCUGAGCUUGGUGGAGCUGGGUCUGGCCAACGUGCAGGGGCUCUCCGUGCUCCGCUCCUUCCGCUUGCUGAGGGUUUUCAAACUCGCCAAGUCCUGGCCCACCCUCAACAUGCUGAUCAAGAUCAUUGGCAACUCAGUGGGUGCUCUGGGGAAUCUCACCCUGGUGUUGGCCAUCAUCGUCUUCAUCUUCGCCGUGGUGGGGAUGCAGCUCUUCGGGAAGAGCUACAUGGAGUGCGUGUGCAAGAUCUCCUUGGACUGCACACUGCCCCGCUGGCACAUGCAUGACUUCUUCCACUCCUUCCUCAUCGUCUUCCGCAUCCUCUGCGGGGAGUGGAUCGAGACCAUGUGGGACUGCAUGGAGGUGGCCGGCCAGACCAUGUGCCUCAUUGUCUUCAUGAUGGUCAUGGUCAUCGGGAACCUCGUGGUCCUGAACCUGUUCUUAGCUUUGCUGCUGAGUUCCUUCAGUGCCGAUAGCCUGGCAGCAUCGGAUGAUGAUGGCGAGAUGAACAACUUGCAGAUUGCUAUCGGCAGAAUCACCAGGGGGAUCGACUUUGUAAAGAGCUCUGUCCUCAUGCUGCUCCGCAGGCUGUGGAAGGGGAAGAAGGUGGCCCCAGAGGAAGAGCAGGAGCCCAGCAAGGGGGACAAUUCUGCGCUGAACCACGUGGACACUGGCCAGGAGCCCAAGUCGGAGUACAUGGACGGAGUCACUGGGAAAGAGUAUUUGUUCAUGGAUGAACUGGACCACAUGAAUUUCAUUAACAACCCCAACCUGACGGUGCAGGUUCCCAUUGCCUCGGAGGAGUCCGACCUCUAUGAGGAGGAGACAAGCACCCAGUCAGACACCGAGGAUGCCACGGUGAGAAAGAACCCCCUCUCCAGCGACAAUGCCUCGUCCCUGUGCAGCACCGUGGAUUACAAGCCACCGCCGCCGGAGGAGGAGGCAGUGGCAGAAGAGGCUGAGGAGAGCAACGAGCCUGAGGAGUGCUUCACCGAAGCCUGUGUGAAGAGGUUUCCCUGCCUCUACGUGGACAUCACCAGCGAGAGAGGGAAGGUCUGGUGGAACAUCCGGAAAACCUGCUUCCGCAUCGUUGAGCACGACUGGUUCGAGACCUUCAUUGUCUUCAUGAUCCUCCUCAGCAGUGGGGCACUGGCUUUUGAGGACAUCUACAUUGAACAGCGACGGGUGAUACGCACCGUCCUGGAGUACGCCGACAAGGUCUUCUCCUACAUCUUCGUCAUCGAGAUGUUGCUCAAGUGGGUGGCCUAUGGCUUCAAGGUUUACUUCACCAACGCGUGGUGCUGGCUGGAUUUCCUCAUCGUCGAUGUUUCUAUUGUCAGCCUGACAGCAAACUGGCUGGGAUACUCCGAGCUGGGAGCCAUCAAGUCCCUGCGGACACUGAGGGCCCUGAGACCACUGCGCGCCCUGUCCAGAUUUGAAGGGAUGCGGGUGGUGGUGAAUGCCUUGCUGGGUGCCAUCCCCUCCAUCAUGAACGUUCUGCUGGUCUGCCUCAUCUUCUGGCUGAUAUUCAGCAUCAUGGGGGUGAACCUCUUUGCGGGGAAGUACUACCGAUGCGUAAACACCACCUCGGGGGAACUCUUUGAAAUCAGUGUGGUGAACAAUAAGAGUGACUGCAUGGCUCUCCUCCACACCAACGAGGUCAGAUGGGUCAAUGUCAAGGUCAACUUUGACAACGUGGGCUUGGGAUACCUGUCCUUGCUGCAGGUGGCAACCUUCAAAGGCUGGAUGGACAUCAUGUACGCUGCUGUGGACUCACGUGAGAUUGAAGAACAGCCAUCGUACGAGAUCAACCUCUACAUGUACAUCUACUUCGUCAUCUUCAUCAUCUUUGGUGCCUUUUUUACCCUGAACCUCUUCAUCGGUGUCAUCAUUGACAACUUCAACCAGCAGAAGAAAAAGUUUGGAGGCAAAGACAUCUUCAUGACGGAAGAGCAGAAGAAAUACUAUAAUGCCAUGAAGAAGCUCGGCUCCAAGAAACCACAGAAGCCCAUCCCCAGGCCCUCGAACAAGUUUCAAGGGAUGGUGUUUGACUUUGUUACCAAGCAAGUGUUUGACAUAACCAUCAUGAUCCUGAUUUGUCUUAACAUGGUGACCAUGAUGGUCGAAACAGAUGAUCAAAGCGAGCUCAAAACAGACAUCCUCUACAAAAUCAACCUGGUCUUCAUCGUCAUCUUCACUGGAGAGUGUGUGCUAAAAAUGUUCGCCUUGCGCUACUACUACUUCACUAUUGGCUGGAACAUAUUUGACUUUGUGGUGGUCAUCCUCUCCAUUGCAGGUAUUGUCCUCUCGGACAUCAUAGAGAAGUACUUCGUAUCACCCACACUCUUCAGGGUCAUCAGGCUGGCAAGGAUUGGCCGUGUCCUCCGACUGAUCCGAGGAGCAAAAGGUAUCCGGACUCUCCUGUUUGCUCUGAUGAUGUCCCUGCCUGCCCUCUUCAACAUCGGCCUCCUGCUGUUCCUCGUCAUGUUCAUCUACUCCAUCUUUGGGAUGUCCAACUUCGCCUACGUAAAGAAAGAGGCAGGGAUCGAUGACAUCUUCAAUUUUGAAACUUUCGGGAACAGCAUCAUCUGCCUCUUCCAGAUCACCACAUCGGCAGGAUGGGAUGGUCUGCUCAGCCCCAUCCUCAACAGUGGCCCUCCCGACUGUGACCCCGAACUGGAGAACCCUGGCAGUUCAGUAAAAGGGAACUGCGGCAAUCCAUCCAUCGGCAUCUUCUUCUUCUGCAGCUACAUCAUCAUUUCCUUCCUUAUUGUGGUGAACAUGUACAUCGCCAUCAUCCUGGAGAAUUUCAACGUGGCCACAGAGGAGAGCAGCGAGCCGCUCUGUGAAGAUGAUUUUGAAAUGUUUUAUGAAACGUGGGAGAAGUUUGACCCAGAUGCCACCCAGUUCAUCGCGUACAGCACCUUGUCUGACUUUGUGGACACCUUGCAGGAGCCGCUCAAAAUUCCUAAGCCAAACAAGAUCAAGCUGAUCACCAUGGAUCUACCGAUGGUUGCUGGGGACAAAAUCCACUGUCUGGAUAUUCUCUUUGCCCUGACAAAGGAAGUGCUGGGAGACUCGGGAGAGAUGGAUGCCCUGAAGGCCACCAUGGAGGAGAAGUUCAUGGCCGCGAACCCCUCGAAGGUUUCCUAUGAACCCAUCACCACCACUCUGAAAAGGAAGCACGAGGAAGUGUGUGCUACAAAAAUCCAGAGGGCUUUCCGGAGGUACCUCCUGAGGCGCUCGGUGAAGCAGGCCUCCUACAUGUACAGGCACAGUAAGGAUGAAGAUGCCCUGAGAGGGGACGCGCCUGAGAAGGAAGGUCUGAUCGCAACCAAAAUGCAUGAGAUGUAUGGGAACAGUGGGACAGACGUGGAGACAGCCCCGGCCUUUAGCCUUGCACCUGUGCCGAGCUCAGAGACUCAAGAUGCUCCCGGUGAAGUGAAAGUGUGGGAUGGGAAACGCAUUGUGAAGGAGUCGCUUGUAUAACAGGGAGCGAUUUCCAUCUCGUGGCAUCGCCCAUCCUGAAAAGACUCCAUUUGUAUCUCCUCUUCAGAAAUCUUCCAUGUUCAGAUCAAUAGAUCUCAGAUGUUGAGCUAAUUUCAGAUAUUUCAAGCAGACACCUUAAUUUUCUGAGCAGGAUCUCUUACUGAUCCUGGUUUUUGUAGCUCACUGUACUUGCAAAGGGCUUAAUAUUUUUCUUAUGAGAUUGAAAUGUGAAAUCUCUCUAUUGUUGGUGAAAGAGAAACAUUUUAGUUUUGAAAUGAUCUAAUCAUGGUAAUGAUGUUUUUCAGACAUUAACAAAUGAGGAUGGCUGUCCUUUUACUUAAAGUAAUUGUUUAUUAAUGUUAUUUCACAAUGAAGAUAUUUUCUUCCUAUUAUUCUUCCAGAGUGCAGCCAAGUAACCAGUGAAAGAUGAGCCAAGUGAAAUAAUAUUAAGAAUAAUUACAGAAGGGUUUUGUGAACAAAAAAAUCUCCAAAGUCUUAAAGUAGCACCUUUCUUUUGGAUAUUUUAAUAAGCUUUAUGGAUUUUUGUUAUAUACAGAGAAAGUGCAAUUAUGUCUUAAGGAUUUGUUUGCAUAGCCAAAACAAGCAUCUGCAGAUAUGUUCUCAGGGUUAAAUAUCAGAUUUUAAAGGUCUCUGAAUAUACACUGAAACCAUAAAUCAUUCAGGUCUCCAUGGUACGAAUAUAAGCUGUGUUUAUAUUCAUGCUUCUCUUCUGUUUUCCCAUUCCAUCCAGAUUUUGUGGCAGGAAAGCGAUGGACAGAGGUAGCAUUUGGAGAACCUCCUCCAGGAGCUCCUUGUAACAAAAAAACACCUUGCACAUUUUUCUUCGAGCCCCACAGCAAGCAGAAACUAGCCUUAGCUAAUGAGACACAUCCCCGGGGAGUAAGGAGUGGUCUUUGCAUUGAUGGCGUCAUUGAUUGCUCAAUGACAUCCCAUAAACCCCAUCAGCUACCGAGCGCCAGGGCUUUAACACAAUGAAUGCUCCUUCCCAGGAACACUCAGGAGGGGUGGCAGGUGGGUGUAAAUUCUCCAAAUUACCUAAUACUCGGGCAGGGCGUCCUUCCCUCUGCCAGGGCUCUGGAGCUGCCCCUGCGCCUGUUGGUGCCAUGGUACCUGCAGAGUCCCUGGGGCCAGGAGGAUCCUCGCCAAGAAGCAUCCCACAGAGAGGGGUUCUCCCAGGGGAAAGUCCUGUCAUUGCUCCCAUAGGUGGCCAAAAGGAAAGAAAAUGGAGUAAAAUGAGCAAAAGUACCCCGGUUAAUCUCUGGACUGCCUUCUUUCUACAAAAGGGAAAACACUCUUAAGAUCGAAACAACCACAAACCAAAACUUCCAGUUAAAACAAGGGCUGCUGCUUGAAGCCAGGGGGUCUGUCUUUUUUUCUUCUUCUCUUCUGUUUUGUUUUGUUUUUAAUUAUUAAUAUUAUUUCUUCUCCCUUCGGCUGGUUUUGGCUCAGAGCCGUUGCAGAUGCCUUAUGGCACCCUGCGGAGCUCGCUUGCAUCCGUGUGCUUUUGGCCAGGCGGCAGAGCCGGGGCCGCUCUGCCCACUGCAUCACACCACGUUGUGCUUCCAUUUCCAUGUGCAUAGAGUGACGCUCCCUGGAACAGGAGCCUUAGGGUGUGGCAUGCUGCUUUAAAGUGCCUUUGCAUGGGAAGCAUCCAUGGCACAGCUCUUUCCAGCCCAGGUUGUGGUUCACGAUCAAUGCUGCUUGUACGUACGCGUCGUCGGUGAUGGAAAAAUGCCAAAGAGCAGAGUUUGUGUGAGCUAAAGCCCUUUUUCUUUGUACAUUUCUUAAAAUAAAAAAAAAACGUAAAUGGUC